AUGCGAUUUUCCCCCGACCAGGCGGGGCCAGCGCGCACGUCCUUGGCCAGCGCCAUGUCGCCGCUCGUACCCCAACCGACCCUGUUCAUUGACGGGCAAUGGUGCGCGUCUAGUGAUGGACGGACGCGCCCCACCAUCAACCCAUUUGAUGCGUCUGUUAUUAUGGAGGUGGACGAGGCUUCUGCCGCGGACGCCCAGCGGGCUGCAGCGGCAGCGAAGCGCUACUUUCAAACGUCUGACUGGGCUCGUCGCUCGUGUGCGGACCGUUGCGUGCACCUCCAGCGCAUGGCCGACCUGCUGCAGUCGCACAAGGCGGAGCUUGCGAAAAUUGAGACGAUUGAUACCGGCAAGACGCUCGGCGAGUCAGAGAUUGACAUUGACGACGUGACCAAUGUGUUCCGUUUCUACGCCGAGGAGGCGUGCAAGCUGGACCACGAAAAACGCAUCACCGGGCCGCUGAUUCCCGAGUCGGUGAAGAGCACAAUUGUGCACGAGCCGGUCGGUGUGUGUGUGCUCAUCACGCCGUGGAACUACCCCAUCCUUCAGCUCUGUUGGAAGCUGGCUCCCGCGCUUGCGACUGGCAACUGCGUGAUUAUCAAGCCGAGUGAGGUCACACCGCUGUCGACCGUCUACUUGACGCGCCUGCUGCUAGAUGCAGGCUUCCCUGCUGGUGCCGUGCAGCUGCUGACGGCCACCGGUGCGUCCGUGGGCCCAGUGCUCACGGCGUGCGACGACGUGGACCUUGUUUCCUUCACGGGCGGUCUCAUGACAGGCCGGAGUAUCAUCCGCAGCUGUGCAGAGUCGGUGAAGCGCUGCACGGUGGAGCUGGGCGGCAAGAACCCGAACGUUGUGUUCGCCGACUGUGACUUGGACUGGGCUAUCGACAACGUCGUGACGGCAGUCUUUGUGCACAGUGGCCAAGUUUGCUCGGCAGGUGCGCGGCUUAUCGUCGAGGAGCCCAUCGCGGAUGCGCUCGUAGCCGGUGUCGUGAAACGUGCGAACCAGAUCGUCAUGGGCAACGGACUUGACCCGGCAUCAGAGACAGGCCCGCUCGUGUCGCAGGAACACCUUGCCAAGGUCCAGUCGUAUGUCGACCUGGCGCGCAAGGAGGGUGCCAAGGUGCUGUGUGGUGGCACGCGCCCUGACCCGGCGACGUUCCCGCAUCUCGCCAAGGGCUACUUUUUCCUGCCGACGGUGAUCGACGGCUGUGACCGGACGAUGCGCAUUGUACAAGAAGAGACGUUUGGUCCGAUUCUUACGGUCGAGCGAUUCCCUGCAGGCGAUGAAGAGACGGCCGUUAUGCUGGCGAACGAUACCAAGUAUGGACUAGCGGGCGGUGUGCAGAGUCGUGACCAGGCGCGAGCAGAGCGUGUGGCCCGCCGUCUGCGUCACGGCACGGUGUGGACGAACACCUAUGGCACGUAUACGGCGCAGGCCGAGUGGGGCGGCUACGGCAUGUCGGGCAACGGCCGCGAGCUUGGCAGCAAAGGCCUCGACGAGUAUGUGGAAGUGAAGCACCUGUGGAGCGAGACCAAGCCGAGUAUGAUGGGCUGGUUCAAGGGUGCGCGUAUGUAG